CAUAAUAUCUCUUAGUUUUUACCUUCUAAAUCCUUUAGUUUUCCUCUUCCACCCAUUGUUUAGACCUUGUAUCGUAAAUUUUAUUUUUAAUUUUUUAUGUCACAUUUACUUGUCGAUAAUGAACGAUCUCGAAGACAGCGGCGAAUUUCAAGUCGUAAAGCACAGCUCGCGUAAUAAAAGACGUAACAAUCGACCGAGAGUUAAUAGCAAAUUUGUAGCAGACAAUAAGGUCGUGGACAACAAUGUACCAGUCGAGGAAAUUUUCGAAAAAGUGCAAGCUGCCUCUCAGAAAUUUCACGAAUCUCCAUUUCGUCAAACGCUGCUUUACGAGUUGAAUAAAGCUCUGAGACAGUUGGACUCGAAAGGCAUUAUUGACAUUGUUUGUUAUGGUUUGGGUAACUUUUCCGAGUUCAAUUGCCCCAAAUAUCAAUUAGCUGCAUUGCUGACUGUUAAAUCAACUUAUUCGGCGAAUGUUUUUGUUUACGAUCCGCUCUUUACUAACAAUGAAAGUCAGUGCCUCAAGUUAUUGAAUCUGAAUGUCAUUGAAAACAAUGAGGAAGGAAAAAGACUGAUACAGAAUCAUACCACCCUAGUGUUCAUGCCUCAUUGUUCCAAACAGUUAAUCAAUAAUUUCUUGUACACCAAUUGGUCACCUCUAAUAAAGAAUUGUAUUUUAUUAGGUAACAGUUGGUCAGAUAUAGAGUGCCAUACAACGGAUGCUCUGUUUCAACAAACUAUACAUUAUAUGUAUAAAUUGAAACCCUAUGUAACAGAAAUUAAACUGCAGAACAACUUUCAAUAUCCAAACACCUUCAGCGGUACAUCUAUUCAUAUUUUUACUAAAGAGCAAUUAGAUAAAAUUCCAAGUGAUUUUUGGAACAAAAAACCAGAAUUGUCAAGGGACUACAACGAUCAAGAAUUCAUUGCAGCUCGACAAAUAGUUUGUACAGAAGCAUCACAAUGAAUCCAAAUGUUACUUUAUUGCGUCAUCUGGCACAUGAAAUUCGUCAUACUACAUCAACAAAAGCUGUAAAAAAUAAUAUGUUAAU